AGAAAAGGAAACAAACAUAAAAAGAAGAAGAAAACACCACAGGCAGACGAAUCCUUCAAUCAAUCAAGUAAAAGCCGCCGUAGAAGAACAAACAAUGUCAGCAGCAGCCUACACUCUGCUUCGUCGCGUUGCUAACCCACAAUCCAGAGCUUACUACUGCCACGUCACCUCACUCUCAACUACCAUCAACACUCAAAUACCGCCACCUCAUUUUUCUCAAGUGAGGUCAUUGGCAAGUGAUGCAAAAUCUCUUUCAGUAUUUGAUAAGAUGAUUGCGGGUAAUCAGAGAAAAUAUUACAUGUUGGGUGGAAAAGGAGGUGUUGGAAAGACAAGUUGUGCCGCAUCCCUUGCUGUUAAGUUUGCCAAUUACGGCCAUCCUACCAUUGUAGUGUCUACAGACCCUGCUCACUCUUUAAGCGAUUCCUUUGAUCAGGAUUUGACUGGUGGGAGACUAGUUCCAAUUCAAGGAUUGGAUUCGCCUUUAUUUGGACUUGAGAUUAAUCCAGAGAAAACAAAGGAAGAUUUCCGCAGUGUGUCUCAAAACAAUGGUGGUGCUGGUGUUAGAGAUAUGAUGGAAAGCAUGGGACUUGGAAUGGCUGCUGAGCAGUUCGGAGACUUCAAUUUGGCAGAGCUUUUGGAUAUAACUCCUCCUGGUGUAGAUGAAGCUAUUGCAAUAUCAAAGGUAAUGGAGUUUGUUGAUUCACCAGAAUACAGUAAGUUUACAAGGAUAGUGUUUGACACAGCACCCACGGGUCAUACACUUAGGCUUUUGUCUUUGCCAGACUUCAUGGAUACAUCAAUAGGCAAAAUGAUGAAGAUGAAACAGAAGAUUGCUUCUGCAACUUCUGCCAUUAAAUCUGUAUUUGGGAAACAGCAGCAACCACUUGUUGAAGACCCUACUGACAAGCUACAGAAGUUGAGGGAAAAGAUGGCAAAUGUGAGAGCUCUUUUUCGUGACUCGGAGACUACAGAAUUUGUUAUUGUGACUAUCCCUACGGUUAUGGCAAUAAAAGAGUCCUCGAGGCUACAUGCAUCUUUGAAGAAAGAAAGUGUCCCUGUUCAAAGACUUGUAGUUAAUCAAUUAUUACCAGCAGCUGCAACAGACUGCAAGUUUUGCUUGAUGAGAAGAAAGGAUCAAAUGCGUGCCCUUGAUAUGAUCAAGAACGAUCCAGAAUUGGCUAGUUUAGCUCUACUUGAAGCACCACUGGUUGAUAUGGAGAUAAGAGGAAUCCCGGCUCUCCGGUUCAUGGGCGAUAUGGUCUGGAAGUGAAUUGAUGCGAGCCUUAUGAGGGUGAACAUAUCAGAAAUACUAACACAUUUGCGAGCCCUAAGAGGGAGGGGUCUACGCAUGACUGUGAACGCAUUCCUGUUUUGCAUGUUGUUUAGUUCCACCCGUUCCAUCUAGCUGCCCAACCCAGUUUAACAUAUUUUUCAAACUAUGGGUCUUUGGAUGUGAUUUUUGAAGUCAUUAAGGGGGCAUGUUUUUGUUUUGAAAGAAUAUUACGUGGACACUGAAGAAUCAGAUUAGUGAUUAGAUAA